AUGAAAGAAAUACCAUAUAAUACAUGUGAUGAAGACGAUGAAGACUCGCUUAUUUGUGAAGAGGUCAGCUGUCAUAGUUUGUUUGAUAUGACGUUAAGGAAUUUUCAAGAUAAGUUCUGCCCAGUAGAAACAGAUAUUCGACCCAUCAAGUGUAUCGAUAUUAUAAAUGCCACACUGCAACCAACAGCAAGCUGUCACAUUGGACACGACUUCGGACACAAUGACAGUUUCAUUCACGUUCGUGAAGGCUGUGUAGCCACAUUCAAGACUUGCACUGAUAAAGCUUUUCCAGUUGUUAAACCUUCUACAAUCGGACGUCCACCUUUGUCUUCCCCGUUCCGACAACCCGAAGACGGAAAUGGCGAUGAAGACGCUCUGACAAUAGGAUUAGCUGUAGGAUGUGGUCUUGUUGCCAUAGUAGCGAUUGUCUUGAUUUUGGUAUAUCAUCAUCGGCGAAAGCACAGCGAUGAUAAAGAAAACAAAACGGAUAAUAAUAAAAAGCCGAGUGCCAUUACAUCUGGUGACCAUGUUUACACGGAUAUAACGACUUUGGAGGGUGUUACUAGCGGUGCGGUGAUGUUGAGACAGGAGGGACCAGGAUAUUACGUUACAAUUGCAGAUGAAAUAGACAAUUAUGAUCAUUGUAAACAGCAAUCACUGGACAUUGAACAACACUCAGGAAAAACGGACACGUAUGAUACCCUUAAUUCUCAGCCAAUGAACGUCUGUGUUAUAAAUGACGACACAUACAAUACAACCCGAGAGACUACGUAUGAUCGAUUACAUACCAAAGAAAACCCGUCAGUUCCGGGGAAUUAUGAUGUACUUCCGGGAAAUCAUGACGUACUUCCUGUUCAUGACAAUAUGUGA